ACCGCAACUCUCAGCACUGCUCUCACUGGUUCCAACAUGACUCUCCACACUUGAGCAACGAGGAUUUCCGUCUCUGCACACUCGAGUAACAUCCGUUCGUGGAGUUUGCAGUGGGUGGAAAGUUUGCGUUCCCAAAAUGCCACGCUCCUUUCUGGUGAAGAAGCACGUCAACUCCGCCAAGAAGCCCAACUACAGCGAGCUGGAGGCUCCGACAGUGCUCAUAAUGCCGCAUUUCUACAAGGGCCUCCCGCUGCCUGUCAUCCCCCAGCCGGAGUUCCUGAGCCCGGCCGCGUACAGCCCCAUCACGGUGUGGACCACCAGCAGCCUGCCGCUCUCCCCGCUCCCCAGCGACCUCUCCCCGCUCUCCGGAUACCCUUGCUCGCUCUCCUCCUCCUCCUCCUCCAAGGACCACAGCGGCUCGGAGAGCCCGAGGAGCGACGAGGAGGAGCCGCUGCUGCUCUCCAAGCUGGCGGAGGGCGCGCAGGACGCGGACAAGUUCCAGUGCGCGCAGUGCGCCAAGUCCUACUCCACCUACUCCGGACUGCUCAAGCACAAGCAGCUGCACUGCGACGCCCAAACUAGGAAAUCCUUCACUUGUAAAUACUGCGAGAAGGAAUACGUCAGCUUGGGAGCUCUCAAGAUGCACAUUAGAACUCACACGUUGCCUUGCGUGUGCAAAAUAUGCGGCAAAGCCUUCUCCAGGCCCUGGUUGCUGCAGGGACACAUCAGGACGCACACUGGAGAGAAGCCGUUCUCGUGUCCUCACUGCAACAGAGCGUUUGCAGACCGCUCCAACCUCAGGGCUCACUUGCAGACCCACUCGGAUGUGAAAAAGUACCAAUGCAAGAACUGCUCCAAAACCUUCUCCCGGAUGUCUCUUCUGCACAAGCAUGAGGAAUCUGGUUGUUGUGCAGCACACUGAACACAAGGGAUACUCUUUUUCCACUAGGAGACUCAUUUUUUUUUCUCCCUGCUUGUGGGUUUUUGGGUUUUUUGUUUUUUUUUGGAAGCGGGGAGUCUUCAGUUUACCUGUGCUAUUCAUGCACUUUCCGCAUGCCUGCAAUCUUCCAAAUGCCUUCCCUUUUGCUCUGACAGAUCAAUUCAAGGGGGAAAAAGCCAAGGGAAUACUGAAGCCAUUGUUACUACUUUUUAAAGGCCUACUGAAAUUAGAUUUUCUUAUUUAAACGGGGAUAGCAGGUCCAUUCUGUGUCAUACUUGAUCAUUUCGCAAUAUUGCCAUAUUUUUGCUGAAAAGAUUUAGUAGAGAAUAUCCACGAUAAAGUUCGCAACUUUCGGUGUUAAGAAAAAAGCCUUGCCUCUACCGGAAGUCGCAAACGAUGACGUCGCAAGUGUGAUGGCUCCUCACAUCCUCACAUUGGUUAUAAUGGGGGCCUCCAACAAAAAGUGCUAUUCGGACCAAGAAAACGACAAUUUUCCCAUUAAUUUGAGCGAGGAUGAAAGAUUCGUGUUUAAGGAUAUUGAUAGCGACGGACUAGAAAAAAAAAAAAGUUAAAAAAAAAAACGCGAUUGGGACGGAUUCCGAGGUUUUUACACACAUUUACUAGGAUAAUUCUGGGAAAUCCCUUAUCUUUCUAUUGUGUUGCUAGUGUUUUAGUGAGUUUAAUAUUACCUGAUAGUCGGAAGGGUGUCUCCACGGUUGUGUUGACGUGAAGUGUCUCAGGGGUCUCGACGGCAGCUGCAUGGACGGCACAAGCUCAACUUUUCUCCGGUAAGAAGCAACUUUUUAACCACAAUUUUCACACCGAAACCUGCUGGUUGACAUUCCGUCUUGAUUCAUGUUCGCUUGACCGCGCUCUGAUCCAUAGUAACGUUUCACCUCCAGGAAUUUUAAACAAGGAAUCACCGUGUGUUUGUGUGGCUAAAGGCUAAAGCUUCCCAACUCCAUCUUUCUACUUUGACUUCUCCAAUAUUAAUUGAACAAAUUGCAAAAGAUUCAGCAACACAGAUCUCCAAAAUACUGUGUAAUUAUUCUGUUAAAGCAGACGACUUUUAGCUGUGUGUGUGUGCAGCGCUCAUACUUCCUAAAAACCCGUGACGUCUUGCGUACACGUCAUCAUUACACGACGUUUCCAGGACGAAACUCCCAAGAAAUUUAAAAUUGUAAUUUAGUAAACUAAAAAGGUUCUAUUGGCAUGUGUUUCAAUGUUAAUAUUUCAUCAUUGAUAAAUAAACUAUCAGACUGCGUGGUGGGUAGUAGUGGGUUUCAGUAGGCCUUUAAUUAGGAAGGGGAAGAAAAUUUGCACAAUCGUUACAAGAGAGAUUGCCAUAGUCCUCCUUUAAAGUGCCUCCGUUUUUUUACUCUUUAUAUAAUUUUUUAUAUUAUACCGAAUGUAAGCGUGACUGCGAUGAUUGUACAUCUGUGUUGUUGUGUUUUUUUACCCUCAUGACACUUUGGCUAAUAAAGUCUCAUGGCUUUUUGUAGAAA